GCAUCUGUAUCAGUGUAGGCAGAGAAGUGAAGGGCUACUGUCAUUAAUAUGCAAACCGUGGCGGAUUUCGCAUUUUAAAACGGGUAGUGAUGUUCUGUUGGCUACUUUUUGAUCCCAUUCGGGUUAUUUUAAAACUAUGAUGGACGCCGUGAGGGCUUAGAGGAACCAGAAAAUGAGCUGAUCUCCAGCAAAACCACCUCGAAAAUGGCAGCAUACAGCGCUGAAGUGGCUGCAGGACAUUCUGUGGUGGUGGAGGUGAGCCCAGAUAUCCACAUCUGUGGUUUCUGCAAAAAGCAGUACAAUAAUUAUAAGGCCUUUCUGGCCCAUAAGCAAAAUGAAUGUUCCCUGCCCACCUCUGAUGCACCAACCACUACUACCACAGCCACCCUCACAGACUCCAGCACUGAGUUUGUUUUCGAGGAGACCUACCAGACCUGUGUUGUGAGAGGUGUCAAAAAGAUCCUGACCAAAGCCCAGAAAACACCUUCCAAAAAAUUAAAACCUGCCCUGACUUCAAAGAGACACAGCUGCUGUUUCUCAGGUUGCACUUUCAAGACACAGUAUGGCCAAAAAGACAUGGAGCGGCAUCUUAAAACUCACACCGGCGAGAAGCCAUUUGAAUGCGAACUGUGCCACAAGCGCUUCAGUCGGCGGGACAAGCUCAACAUGCACAGCCGCUCGCACACAGGUGAAAAGCCGCACAAAUGUAAACACUGCCCCUAUGCAGCAGCAGACAGCAGCAGCUUGAAGAAGCACCUGCGUAUCCACUAUGAUGAACGGCCGUUCAAAUGCCAGAUCUGUCCUUACGCCAGCCGCAACUCCAGCCAGCUUACCGUGCAUCUCCGCUCGCACACAGGAGAUGCACCUUUCCAGUGCCAGCAAUGUGAUGCAAAGUUCAAAAUAAACUCAGACCUGAAGAGGCACAUCCGGAUCCACUCUGGUGAAAAGCCUUACAAAUGUGACUUUUGUGAGUACCGCUGCGCCAUGAAAGGCAACCUGAAAUCUCACAUUCAGAUCAAGCAUGGUACGGAGAACUCCUUUCAGUGCGUGCACUGCGAUUUCAAGUGUGCCAACAAGACUGCUCUGCGACAGCACACGAGAGAACACCAACCCAUUCAGCCCAUUCUGUGUUCCAAGUGCACUUACUCUUGCUCCAGCAAGGGGGCGCUCAAGGUUCAUGAGCGGAUACACUCUGAAGAGCGCCCUUUCAAAUGUGACUUCUGCAAUUUUGCCUCCAAGCAGCGCAGCAACCUCGUCAUUCACAAGAAGAAGUGUCACUCGGAUAAGCUUGAGAAAGGCAGCGAUGGGAAGGGUGGCAGAGGUGGAGGGAAAAGUUUAGGCACUGACUCUCCAAAGCCCGUCAGCUCUCGGUAUCGGGCCAAAUUGGAUGCAGCUCGAGCGUUUUGCUGUGACUCGUGUGAUGCUUCGUUUGUGAGGGAGGACUCCCUGCGAAGCCACAAGAAGCAGCAUAGGGACACUCAGAAUGUGCUGCAACUGCAGCUCUCCACCCCAGCGGAUGCAGUUAACUUGGUUCCCGUUACCAUGUCGCAGAGCAACGCUCAGCUCGAAGUUCCUAUCUCGUGUAGCCCAAUGCCUCCUUAUAGUAAUGCACAGCUUAAAAUCAUUGUAUCUCACCCUUUAGGCCCGGAUAACUCCUUAAUCUCAACUGGUGAAGAUGGCCAGAAUAAGAGUAACGUGGUGUUGCUUAGCCCAGAAAACCAGGACAUGGUAGUCAACUCCAUGAUACAGCAGGUUAAUCUGCUGGCACCUGUACAAUCCCUUGGGUCAUCCCAGACCACAGAAGCCACCCUCGAACCCCAGACUGUCCUCUUGACUCAACUCAGCACAGAAGAUGCCAGCAACCCUCUCCACCAGGCCCUGCUGCAAACGGCCAUAACCGCUCAGGACUCCAGCAGCAGCACCCAGACCUUCAUCACCACCUGCUCUGAACUGGAGGGCCUCAACGCUUUGAUCCAGGAAGGCGGCACAGAGAUUACAGUGGUUACAGAAGGAAACACUGCUUUGGUGACCACAGCACCUCUGCCUGAUGUGGACAUGUCCAAGCCGGCGGAGGCAGUGACAGCUGAGGAGAGUGCCUUACCCUGUGAGGAAAGUGCGUUGCUGGUGCCAAACAUCAGCCUGAGCAGCCAGAAUGUGGUCAUCCACGGUGUUCCACUUAUAGUGUCCACUCAGCCGCAGCAGAGCACCGUGGAUCAGCUCUCCGCUCACACUCUCUACUCAGAUUCACACACACUGGAAAGCAUCCCACAGUGAGCGGACGGUGUUGUGCGUUUCUGAACGUGAAAAGAGUGAAACUGCAUCAUAAGCUACUUCUCUGCUGAUAGCAGCUCGUAGGUCUAAAGGUAACCACUAGAACAAGAGAACUGUUGACUUUGGAGGCAUAAUUGUUUAGUUUUUACAUUUUAGAAUAAAUAUUUCAUUCACACAUCAUUUCAUACAGUCUUAUUUUCAAGCAUCAUGUUUGGAGGCAUCAGAAAUUUAAAGGACACGUAUCAUGCUUUUAAAACCUUAUUUUUAUAUGUAAAUCAUUCACUUGUCGUCAAUUCAAAGUAGAACUGCAGUGCUUUGGUAUGAAUUUCUUAUUAUUGUAGCUCCACAGACCCCUCUUUUUCACCUUUUUUGACGUGCGUCUUAGAGCAACCUAUUUUAGUGCGGUCUCUUUAAAUGUGAAUGAGACAUUUCACGCCCCGCCCUCCUCCAGGUUGCACAGCGGUCAACUCCACCCCGUUCUGACAUUUUUGUAGUUUGAUAGCAGCGAUACGAUUACGGGCGAUACGACUACCGGCAGAGCAACCUUUUAUUCACAAGUUUAUUAAAAAUGUCAACAACGGAAGAGUUAUCCAUCCAGCCCUAUAUGUUUGACCCAGAGACUGACCCAGAGCAGGAGAAUGAAGACGACGAACCUACGUGCAACUUCGGCAUAACGAAACUGGACUACAAAAUCACUGCGCGAAAAAAAACAUUUUUAAAAAUGGCGGAUUCACGAGAUUGGUUAACCGGAUGUCCAUGCCCUUGUUGAGCAGUUCCACGGCAAGUACUGUGACGUCAGAGGACAGAAAACGUCACAGGGACUAGAGAAAACUGAACAGCCUGAAAAAUAUGACCCCAAAAAGAAUAUAAAGAUAUCUACGCAACACUGGAACAGAAUGCAUUUAAAUUUCCUGCACUGCUACACACUGAAAGUACACAACACAAUGUAUUUAAGGGCUAAAAAAAGUGGAUACGUGUCCUUUAAAGUAAACUUUGUUUCAAUUAAUAUAUUUAAUUGAAAUAAGCUUUAUUUUAAAGCGGCAUCAUUCAAAAACAUUUUACAGAAUAAAUAAUGUUGCAAAUGAACAAAAUGUGAAAGUGACUGAAUGUAUUUGUACGCUGUAUUUUUAUGUUUGUCCAUAAGGUGGCAGCAGAGUGGCGAGUAAAAGGAUGAAGUUAACUCUGCUUUCUGGAGUAUUCAGACUGUAAAUGUACUGCUGCCUUGUAGUAUUGAUUAUACAUAUUCUGUAUGGAUAGCUUUUUAAAAACAAAUAAAUAUUUUC